AUGGCUACCGACAAGGGACUCGAGGAUGUCCCCGAGGGACAGAUCGAGUCCAACUACGAUGAGACCGUCGACUCCUUCGAUGACAUGAAUCUCAAGGCUGAGCUCCUCCGAGGUGUCUAUGCCUACGGUUUCGAGCGACCCUCUGCUAUCCAGCAGCGCGCCAUCAUGCCCGUCAUCAAGGGUCACGAUGUCAUUGCCCAGGCCCAGUCUGGUACUGGCAAGACGGCUACUUUCUCCAUUUCCGUUCUUCAGAAGAUUGACCCCACGGUCAAGCAGUGCCAGGCUCUUAUCCUGGCCCCCACCCGUGAGCUGGCUCAGCAGAUUCAGAAGGUCGUCGUCGCUAUUGGCGACUUCAUGAACGUUGAGUGCCACGCUUGCAUUGGCGGUACCAGCGUCCGCGAGGACAUGAAGGCCCUUCAGGAUGGUCCUCAGGUCGUCGUCGGCACCCCUGGCCGUGUCCACGACAUGAUCCAGCGCCGCUUCCUCAAGACUGACGCCAUGAAGAUGUUCGUCCUCGAUGAGGCUGACGAAAUGCUGUCCCGUGGUUUCACCGACCAGAUCUACGACAUCUUCCAGCUGCUUCCCCAGUCCACCCAGGUCGUCCUCCUGUCCGCCACCAUGCCCCAGGACGUGCUCGAGGUUACCACCCGAUUCAUGCGCGACCCUGUCCGUAUUCUCGUCAAGAAGGACGAGCUUACCCUGGAAGGUAUCAAGCAGUUCUACAUUGCCGUUGAGAAGGAGGAGUGGAAGCUUGACACCCUCUCCGAUCUGUACGAGACUGUCACCAUUACCCAGGCCGUCAUCUUCUGCAACACCCGCAGAAAGGUCGACUGGCUCACCGACAAGCUCACCAGCCGUGACUUCACCGUCUCCGCCAUGCACGGCGACAUGGACCAGGCUCAGCGUGAUCUGAUUAUGAAGGAGUUCCGAUCCGGUUCUUCUCGUGUCUUGAUUGCCACUGACUUGCUGGCCCGUGGUAUCGAUGUCCAGCAGGUCUCCCUGGUCAUCAACUACGAUCUCCCUGCCAACCGUGAGAACUACAUCCACCGUAUCGGUCGUGGUGGCCGAUUCGGCCGAAAGGGUGUCGCCAUCAACUUCGUCACUGCCGAGGAUGUCCGCAUGAUGCGUGAGAUUGAGCAGUUCUACAGCACCCAGAUUGAGGAAAUGCCCAUGAACGUUGCUGACCUCAUCUAA